AUGACGAGAAUCGACAAACCUGAGAGGUUAGACCCUUUUGGGGAAAUUUGGGGACUGGAAAAACGACGGGGGAGAACGGUUCUGCCUAGGUCAAUAUUCCGUACCGAAAAUCCGGAAAGUACAAGAACAAAAAAUAAUAUUCUGGAAUACUCUAAUAAUCGACGAAAAAAGAUUCCACGACGGAACACCUAUGCUAUUCAUAUUCUAAGCGACCCUUUUUGUGCGCAGGCCCGGGAUGCUGAACAGAAAGUGGAGACUUUGAGGACUAAUCUGAAGAAGUUUCUCAAUGAUGACCAAAUUCUUUUCAUGCAAUGCGACGGUCCGACCUCGAACACCCGACAUUGGUCUGAAGAAACCCUCCGGAAAGCAGUCCGAAUAUUGUGUCAACCGGGCGUGACACGUGACAUUAUCGAAUGGCUUGGAGAGAAAGUGGCUCAGGAUGAAACUCCCAUUCCUCGUCUCUGUGUUUUGAGCUUCGACGAAAUGGCGAUCCAUCCGGCAGUGGAACCAGACCGUGGAUUGAAAAAAUUCAUCGGUUUAGUGACUCCAGAACUUGCUCGAGAUGAAACGGAAGGGGCUCCACAAGCUUCCCAUGCUCUGGCAGUCGUGGCUCGUAGAGUUUCUUCACACUGGAAGCAGCCAGUUUCCUAUGCACUAACAGGUGCAUCUAUUGAUGCUAAGAAACUGUGGAAUUAUCUGAUGCAGAUCAUUCAACUGCUUGCCGAUGCCGGACUCCAUGUUGUACGCUUGUCAUCAGAUUCAGGACCUGGCAAUCAAGAAUUGUGGAAUUCUCAAGGUGUUCAUUGCAUUCAAAACCAAGGCAUCCCGUCUUGCCCUCAUCCCCUCCAGGAAGGAGAACGACUAUGGAUGGCUCCAGAUCGUGAGCAUCUCCUAAAAAAUAUGUGGUGUCAACUGGAGAGGACGGAUUUUUACAUCCCCGCUGAGAUAAAACUCGCCAACAAUCUGCCUGGGAUGAUCAUUUCCAUGCAGCAUGUUGCUCGCCUACAAAUUGAAGGUGGAACAUUUGCAGCAUGGAAAAUUCAACAAAAUGAAUGUCAGGCUUGCUCAACGGAGAAUCAACGGUUCCUCCAGCAGCGCAAACCACAGGGUGGUUCAUUCUUCAAGUCCAUGAAUGGUACUCAAUUAUGUCUGGGAGACAUAAGAGUGAAGCCCUCGGGAACGACACCAGGACAAGGGAAAUGUCCCCAGUUUUCUUUAUUAGUUUUUAAUCACCUCUGGAUAUUUCUAAGUGUAUCUGUUGAGGAGAAGGAAUACGAUAGGAGAAAGAAGCUGACGGAGUUUGUGGAGCUAGUGAAGGCUUUGACAUUCAGCAAGCCUCCACAACGGAAACCAAUUCAACGUGGCAUAGAGAUGUCGACUCUAGCUACGUUGCAGUUCCACGAACAAUACGCGCUCACCGGGAAAAUGGAAUUCUUCCUCCCGAGUCGGUUCGGUUCGACUCCCUGCGAGAAUCUGUUUUCUCAAGCCAGAGCUGGUGACAUGCACCCUCGUCCAGUCAGCAAGAACUCUUCGUACGCAGAUGACGAUGAAGCUUAUUACGUCGACUGUCUCAGGGGACGUAAUAGAGAGAGCAAGCUGGUAGAAGAGGAAAAUGGCGCAAUGACAAAUCUCGCAUUAGAAGCGUGUCAGUUGUCAACAACUCAACAGUAUGGUGUCUACUUCCUGGCCGGUUGGAUUGCGCGCAAGCUCCACGGAUCCUGUGAAGAGUGUAAUACCGCACUCGCUGCUCCUGGUAUCGACACUUCUCUCCCGUAUCAGUGGACAGAAGAGAUCAGCAGAGGAGGCUUAAUUCACCCAACGCGCCAACUCCAUGAAAUCACGUUGAUUUCAGAGAGUUUAAUGCAGAAUGCCGGGACGAGAGUUCUGCAGGCACCAAAUGUGUUGGAAUGCCUCGCGACAGCGAUCAAUGAGCAGAUUCCACCCGAGCUAUCCCUUUGUUUCUGUUCAAAGCACGAUUUAGUCAAAAUGUGCAUUCACAAAUUCCUGGACUUGCGUGUGCACGUUUUGGCGUUGAACAUGUCUCAACCGGAAGUCGUGGUGGAAUACGCAUCUAGAAGCGGUUUCAUGAGAACUUCUGAACAGUCUGCUGGGAAACGGACAAAUUCUCCAACGUGA